AGCCUGACAGUCCGGUGGAGGAUAGCAACGCUCCGGGUUCGCUGCAGGUGAGGUCGGCACUGGGCUGUCAGGGUUGACACCAGAGGAUAGCGGGGUGGGACCCAGGGCUGACGGAGACGGGGAGGGCUGCGGGGAUUCGGGGGGCGGAGACAGGAGACUCCGGAAUGGGACUGCGGGACGACAACCGGAGAGGGCCAGGGGCCAAAUGGGGUCUGGGCAGACUCGAGUUGGGGGCGGAGGGAUCGGGCGGGGAUCGGCUACUGCUAGAGCAAAGACCCGGAGUCAGGGUCUCGGCCAGAGGAUGCCGAGAGGCGGAGGACCGGGCUGGGCCGCGGGGAUCGGGGACCCGUGAUCUGGGACCGGCGGUUUGGGGUGCGACCUGUGCGCAGAAAAGACCCUCCCCACGCCGCCCAUUGUUCCUCACCAGUCAGCAGGCCCCAGGGCUGGGAUGGUGCCGCUCAGCCCAGUCACGGGUUUCUCGGCUGCCGGGGGCCGAGCGUUCCCAGGCCCCAAUCCCGCAACGCCCGGACAGACCCGGGUCCGAGGCACUUCCGGCUUCCUCCUCCUCUGCCUCCGCCUCCUCCGGCUCCCCGCCCCAUCCCCCGCGAGCGACACAGCCGCGCGCGUCACGGCUCUGCGCAGGGCCUCACGGGACUGGUAGUUCGAGGCGGUCCCGCGAUGCUUUCCCUGCCGAGGUGAGGGGAGCGACUACAACUCCCAGAGGGUAUCGCGGCCGCAGCAGUGGGCAGUUGAGUUCCCAGGGCGACCCAGGUCCUCCGGCGGAAGAGGGAGCCUCUGUCGGCCGCGGUACCCUGGAGUGGGCGGUACGCAGACGCGCACGGUGAGACCCGCUGUCUGCGCAGGGGACCCUGCCCGCCCCCACCUCCCCCUGCGUCGGGCCGCCAUGAAGGACUCGCUGGUGCUGCUGGGCCGUGUGCCGGCGCACCCGGACUCCCGCUGCUGGUUCCUAGCCUGGAACCCCACGGGGACCCUGCUGGCCUCGUGCGGCGGCGACCGGAGAAUCCGCAUCUGGGGCACGGAGGGUGACAGCUGGAUCUGCAAGUCUGUCCUUUCUGAAGGCCACCAGCGCACCGUGCGGAAGGUAGCCUGGUCCCCCUGCGGUAAUUACCUGGCCUCUGCCAGCUUUGAUGCUACCACUUGCAUUUGGAAGAAGAACCAGGAUGACUUUGAGUGUGUAACCACUCUCGAGGGCCAUGAAAAUGAGGUCAAGUCAGUGGCUUGGGCCCCAUCUGGCAACCUCCUGGCCACUUGCAGCCGAGAUAAGAGCGUUUGGGUCUGGGAAGUUGAUGAAGAGGAUGAGUAUGAAUGUGUCAGUGUUCUCAACUCCCACACACAGGAUGUCAAGCAUGUGGUUUGGCACCCAAGUCAGGAGCUCUUAGCUUCUGCCAGCUACGAUGACACAGUGAAGCUGUACCGGGAGGAAGAGGAUGACUGGGUAUGCUGUGCCACCCUUGAGGGCCAUGAAUCCACUGUGUGGAGCUUGGCCUUUGACCCAAGUGGCCAGCGCCUGGCGUCUUGUAGUGAUGACCGUACUGUGCGCAUCUGGCGUCAGUAUCUACCAGGCAAUGAACAAGGGGUGGCAUGCAGCGGCUCUGACCCCAGUUGGAAAUGUAUCUGUACUUUGUCUGGCUUCCACUCAAGGACCAUUUAUGACAUUGCUUGGUGUCAGCUGACAGGGGCUCUGGCCACAGCUUGUGGGGAUGACGCGAUCCGCGUGUUUCAGGAGGAUCCCAACUCAGAUCCACAGCAGCCCACCUUUUCCCUGACAGCCCACUUGCAUCAGGCCCAUUCCCAGGAUGUCAACUGUGUGGCCUGGAACCCCAAGGAGCCAGGGCUACUGGCCUCCUGCAGUGACGAUGGGGAGGUGGCCUUCUGGAAGUAUCAGCGGCCUGAAGGCCUCUGAGCUACCUCGACUUUGAACAGAGUAAUGACUCCCCAGAAAACGUUGUAAGACUUUACCAGCCCCUGAGAGGACCAGGAGGAGCGUCCUUGACCCUCAUUUAACUGGCUCACUUCUCUUCAGGCUUGAGCUUCAUGUAACUGGCUCACUUUUCUACAUCCUUGAGCUUCAUGUAACUGGCUCACUUCUCUUCAGGCUUGACCCUCAUGUAACUGGCUCCCUUCUCUUCAGGCUUGACCCUCAUGUAACUGGCUCCCUUCUCGUCAGGCUUGACCCUCAUGUAACUGGCUCGCUUCUCUUCAGGCUUGACCCUCAUGUAACUGGCUCCCUUCUCUUCAGGCUUGACCCUCAUGUAACUGGCUCCCUUCUCUUCAGGCUUGACCCUCAUGUAACUGGCUCGCUUCUCUUCAGGCUUGACCCUCAUGUAACUGGCUCCCUUCUCGUCAGGCUUGACCCUCAUGUAACUGGCUCCCUUCUCGUCAGGCUUGACCCUCAUGUAACUGGCUCCCUUCUCGUCAGGCUUGACCCUCAUGUAACUGGCUCCCUUCUCGUCAGGCUUGGGUAGAAGUGCGGAGCCACAGAAUUGCUCUCCUUCCCCUCCUUUGACGCGAGGCCUUCAGUAAAGAGCUACGGAACAGCAGUACAUUGUUAUACCACAGAUUUUUCUUGCAUUAGGGCACAGUGUUAAAUUUUUUGGAGGUAAAUAUACUACUUAUAAUCACUAUA